AUGGCGUUGGACAGGAUAAGCAACUUCGAAAUUGAUAUUACAAAGAAAAUUUUCUCAUAUUUGUCCAUCAAGGAGGCAGCAAGGACCAGUGUUGUAUCGAAAAACUGGAGGCACAAAUGGACUGUGCUUCCAUGUCUUGUGUUUGAUGAUGAAAAUGGCUUCUCCACUGAGAUAAUCAUAUCUGAUGUUCUUCUAUAUCAUAGUGGCUCAAUAGACAGUUUCAAGCUUUCCAGUCGAAAAAAUCUCCACGAUGGUUAUAUUGAGCAAUGGCUCCAAAAUCUAUCAAUAAACUCUAUCAAAGAGAUUAUAGUGAAAAAAAGGGAUAGGUACUCAUCAUCCUAUAGAAUCUCCUCCCAUUUGUAUUCUUGUCGAGAAUUGACUCAUUUAGAGUUGUACAAUUGUUCGCUGAAACCCCCAUUGAAACCCCCAUCGACAUCAAAAGGCUUUGAGAUGUUGAAGAGCCUUCGUAUUCGAAGAGUUAUUGUAGCCCGGGAUGUGUUAGAAGAAGUGAUUUCUCACUGUCCUCAGCUUGAGAAGAUAAGUUUAUGCAACUUACGUGGUAUGGAAAAUCUAAAGAUUGAUGCACCCAAUGUCCAAUUUCUUGAACUUCGAGAUGGUUUUGACGAUGUUGUACUUGAGAAUACCCUAGAUCUUGUUGAUGUUUCGAUUAACCGAAAACGGGGUUCUACCGAUUCUAGCACAUUGCUCAAGUUUUUCUUGAAUCUUCCUAGUAUUGAGAGGCUCACACUCGAGGAUAGUUUCUUAGAGUGUGCUAAUGGUUCGUUGCCGGAGAAGUUACCUGAUCCAAUUCUAGCCCUAAAAUUUCUUUCUAUAAGCAUACGCUUGAAUAAUCUGGAGGAUAUUUCAACCGCUAUGUGCCUUCUGAGGAGCUCACCUGCUCUACAAGAAUUAGAAAUUUCGGUUAACAAAGACCGAAAUGUGGCUGAUGAUACCGAAGAAGCAACCUGCAAUUGGUUAAAUAACAAGCAGAAUCGCGCAGUCACUCAACUGCGAGUUUUGAAAGUAACAGGCUUCUCAUGUGUCAAAGCCGAACUGGACUUCAUCGUAUUUCUGCUUUCAAGCUCCCCUGCUCUUCAACAACUAGAAAUUUCGUUUGCGCGGAAAGUUGUUGAAGCUGAGAACUAUUCUUGGUUAUUUGAUAAUCAGAACAAUAUUGGUGCAUUCAUGCAACUGCGACUUGUGAAAGUAACUAGAUUAUCUGGUAACAAAGCUGAAGUAAAUUUCAUCAGAUUUGUUCUAUAUAGUACUUCACCUAUGCUUGAGAAGCUGACUCUUCAACCUGCUGCUUCUGCCAAAGCACUUUGGGAAUUAUUUAAAAUGUUAGGCGAGUUCAUCAACCGCGUCUCAGAACCUGCAGACUUGGAGUUCUUGGACCCAUCAAUUCGUGGGCAUGAGUCUGAUAACUCGUCUUCUUCCGAUUCCGAUGAUGAUACGGAUUGGUGGUAA